ACCGAUUUGACUUGAGUGUUGCUGUUGACGAUUUCACAGCACGCUUCGUCCCGUCUGUGCCAUUUUCAAAAACGUGUUUGUCUUUCACCCCUGGUCAAAAACUUUUUGAAGUAGAGGAUUCACCGCGAGGUGAGCGGACAAAAGAUGUCCACAACAGUGUUGUGGGGAGCAUUCAAGGAUUUGGCAGUUGUGGUAAACAAUGCUCUACACAAAAGGCACCCGGGCGCCCAGCGGGACCUCGAGCUUGCUCUUCAGAAGCACAAGGCAGACUUUACAUCUCUUCUGAAAAAUCCGGUGAAGAAUGCCAACCACCGCAAGCAGAUCCAGGAGGCGGCGUCAAAUCCCGUGUCCCUUCCCGGACGCCCGCACACCACGACUCUGCCGCAGAGCUUCAUUGACGAGGCGUUGCUGCUGAGUGAUUUGCUAGAUUUGAACGAGUUCUCCAGUGUGGAUUUGCUGGUAGCCGGCGAGCAGCAGCAGCCACGCUAUCCGGGCUGGUCGCGCGGCCUCGUGGCCGUCAUCCUGUACCACGACGGUCGGCGUGUCUUUCUGCAGUGCCUGGACGCGCUGGUACAGGCGCGCCGCGGCCGCAACUGGCAGGUCGGCGUGUCCGACGAGCUCUCCACACUAGCCACCAACUUCACGGAUGGAUUGAUCAAGGAGGGUCUGGUUGGGAAGAUUCUCGAGUUGCUGCGUGGCAUCAAUGAACAGACGAUCAUCGAAAAGCUGCAGGAAGGUCGCGGUGUGGGUGGCGAUGUGCAUCAGCGGCAGCUGGGAGCUCUGAUUGACGAGCAGCGGGGUCUGCUCGCCGAUGUGCUCUUCUCCGUUAGCUGCCAGACAGCUCUGUCCAAGGGAGACGUGUUAUUGCUGCUCCAAUACCUAAGAGACUGCUCCACAUCCACCGCGUCUGGCACUCUAGACUCUGUCACACUGGUGGUGCUAAUGGCAUUGUUCUAUGCUAUCAGUGUUGAACAUGCCGACGUCGAUGGCCAAGCGCUGAUCGGCAGUGCCAUGUGGAUGGCCAGUGUGCCGGUCGCCAAUGACCGCAACUUUGUCAACGACGUCCACCAGAGCGUGUUUGCAGAGUGGAAGAACGACGGCCUGCAGGCCGCUGUGCAGCUGGCCUGGUCUAUCUUGCUGCAGGGCCUCUCUUUGAUUCCCUCUAUGGCUGCGGCUGUGGAGACAUUGGAGGAUCCUGGUCAAAUGUUCGACCAGGCCGUACAGGACGGUGCGCUGCUCUUCCUUCGCACUGCUGUCCUGGAAGCCGGCGACUUCAAGGAGAAUGAGUUUUACACCAGGAGGAUGCACCUGUUGGUGACAGCGAUACUGACACAAAUGCCCCACAAGGUGAACGUGCUGCGUAGCACUGGUGACGAAGAGGCGCGCAUCCAGAGUGCUUACGAGCAGGAGGGCCUUGAGCCUCCCACCAGCCGUCUUCGCUUUGAUUUUGUGGACUUGAUGAAGCUGAUUGGAUCAUUGUAUCAUGAUGAGAAGCUAGGCUUGGCCACCGAGUUCUGGCAAGUGAACGAGUCGUCGUCGCAGGGCGAGGCCAGUCGCAACAACCAGCCACUGCACUUGCAGCCACAACAUCGCCAUGUGAUGUUGCAGAAGUUCUUGCGUGUUGCUGGCGACAUGAUCUCUGCACCAAUGUACGUGGCCUACGUGCAGAUGCUCACAUCACUAGCAAACACACCCACAAACUCGCAGUGCUGCUUCGUGCUGCUUCGCUCCAGUGGUCCAACGUGGCGGGUCAGUCUUGAACACAUCUUCGGCUCUAUUCGUCAGUACUUUGUGAGUUUGAAGCAAGAUGGCUCCAGUGGUGGCAGUGUCGAGGGUCGUUCCUCGCGCUCCACGUCCGGCCUUCGUCAGAACAUCACCGGGGGAGAGCUUGCCGGCCUGGUUUCUGUGCUGCGCCUUGUGGAGCAGCUCGUUCUACAGGACGAGAGCAUCCGAUUGGCAAUGUAUGAAAACCAGCAGUGGAUGCCGGUGGGGACAUUCUUUGGACUGCUUGGUUGCCCCGUGCCAACGUCACUCAAGGCGCAGCUCCUCAAGACCCUGGCAGCGUUUGCCAAGACGCCGUCCAUCGCCACCACACUCUGGAUCAGCAUGGAGUCCGCCCAGGUCUUACAGACAGCGCCUCACUCUGGCACUAGCUUUGCUGCCCCCGAAGGAAAGGCGUCGGGUGGUAUCGAGGUUGAAUUGGAGGACAUUGAAGCCAGUGAAGAGGAGUAUCCGGAGACCAGGGCGUUCCUGCUCUUCCUCAAGACCCUGGUCCAGAAUAGCCCGGUGCCGGACACGCUCGGUGCUGGCUAUCGGUCCUGCGGCUUUGCGCCCUACCUGCAGUUUAUCAGAGACAGCGUCUUCCUCAACUUUGACAUGCGCUCCUACCGGCGAUCAGGGGAAAAGUGGGAGGUUUGCUGUGCGGCACUAGAAAUCCUCCAGCUGCUGCUGGCCGAGCACCAGCCGGCCGCAAGCAACUUCACCAGCGGUGCACUGGCAGAUGCCAGCCACCAGCAGGUCCAGCACGGCAGCAGCAUGGAUCUCGGCGCACCGCCUGGACACACCAUCCUGCUGCACAUGCUCAACGAGUCGCCACUGCUUACCAAGGUUCUGAACGUCAUCUUUGACAGUGCUGUUGAGCUUGGCGAUGUCACUGGUGUAUCAUCGGUGCCCAGUCAUCUUGCAUCAGUGGAACAGGCAGGUCUGCUGGCCCUACGCAUGCUGGAGAACGCGCUGGCCAAGCAGGAAGCGUUUAACCAGCUGCUUCGAGAGCACGGCGGUGCACAGUGCAGUGUGCUUGUCACUCCCUUGGACCAGCUCCUGCUCACUGUCAACAGUCGCACGUCACGUCCCGACUACUUCCUGCACAUAGCAAAGUUCCUCUCGCUGCCGCAUUGCCGGCCGGAACUUGCGCUAGCUGCUGUCAAGAUUCUGGGUUGGUCCGUACAGUCUCCCCCAGUGCACAACAAACUGGUUGCCAUUCUUACCAGCUCUGAGGUUGAUGCACAGGCCAUCUUGCUGGGCUUUGUUGAGCGUCUCGAGGCGGACGAAUCUGAAGUGUAUCAAGGAGAGAUCGAACAAGAUCCCAGUACGCCAAGUCAGAUUCGCGCUGCCAUCCGCAGGCACAUCUUGCACAUGCUGCUGCUGGCCCUGCCCUGCCACGCGCCCAACCUGGCCCACUUUCUGCUCGGGUAUGAGCUACUCAAGCCAGUUUCACAGACCACGCUCCAGGACCCAGGUGUUGGCGGAUCGCCUCGCACGUGUCUCCACGCUAUUCUCUCCUUGCUUGAGUGCCACUCGGCUGCACCGGCCUCAUCACUGGCAUGCCUGCCUGUAGCGUGCACGGCCAGUCCUCGCUUGGCUGCGCUGUGCUAUCGCUUGCUCUAUGAACUGUGCGCCGCAUCCAGCACUAGUCUUGUAACAUUGCGCUACCUGCGCUCCAGUCAUGACUUCCUUGGGCAGCAGUUGCGCUUGACGCCGCCAGCUGAGCUCACUGAGACAUCGGAUAGCGCUCAGUUGGAUGACGAGGGUCGCCAGCUGCAGCUUGAUAUGAUGGAGCAACAGACGUGGCUGUGGAGAAUGGCAGCCCUUGACCUGCGGCUGACAGCGGAGCAGCAGCAGACAUCUCACACGCAGCACAUUGUCAGCAUUCUCUUCUCCUCCGCAGCCAGUUGGACAAACUCCAGUGCUGGUGAGGCAGCAUCUGGCUUCCCAGCAUCCGCUCAGGCAUCACAGGGCGCCUUGUCGGACAACAACCAGGAGAAUCGCCUUCUCAGUCUUCUUGAUUGCAUUGAUUUCAGGCAGGAUAAUUUUGACGCCUUCCAGCUACAGCACUUCAACUCUGCACUGGUCGAGGAGGAACUGAACAAGCGAACUACUCGUACGGAUGAUCGCCUGUGCGUGGGUAGUUUUGAGCUGUACGACGUACGGGCCAUUCACGUGCUGCUCAUGCAAGAGCUGAACAGUGCACAAACAGCAUCCGCUGCUUCUCAGCGACAGUUUGUGCUGGAGGAGAUAGAUUCCAUCCUGCAUGGCAUCGUGCAGCGCAACGUCAAUCGCCGUCGCCUCGCUGGCCGUCUGGCUUUCUUUGACGCCUGGCGGCAGGUCAUCGAGGUCGUCCUCAUCGCCUGCCCUAUGGAUCUGCUUGCUGGUGACCAGCGUAUUGCACUGCUCUUUGAGAUCAUACAAGAUCUGCUACUCAAGGUGCUGAGCGCUGACAUCAACCCGGAUCUGGUGAGUGCAAUCCUGCCCGUCGUCAUGCUGUUGAUGAGCCAGCUACGGCAGAGCUUUGCUGCGCUGCGCACCAGUUCACAGCUGCCGGGACGUGGGGCGCCGUCGGCCGCGUCGCGCCAGGGCCUCCCGGCCGGACCGCUGCACAGCGUGCUGGUGUCUGUGUGCGAGGCCAUCAGCCACUGCAGCUCCACACAGCGCCGCCACCGCGCCUACCUGUACGGUGCCCUGCUCUACUAUCUCCAGCUGUGCGCCGACGCGGCAGCGCAUGACAGUACGAGUGACGGCGCGAGCGCCUCAAGUGGAACAGACGGCGCAUCUUCCUAUUCGCAGGAGAGAGGGUUUGGUCUUGCUCAGCCCAGUAUCUCCACCGUGUUGACCAGUAGCAACCUGGAAACACUGGCCAGCUACGGCGACGCCGUCAUGGAUAUCAUCUGUAGGGAUGCAUGCGAAGGACACCACAUAGGACGGAUGUUGGCAUUGGCGCUUCUCGAUGCUGUGAUCUCAGUGGACUGGCAUCACCACUGGCUGCAGUUUCUUGUGAGGCACGGCUAUCUGCGCCAUCUCAUCGACUCACUGGUGCAGGAAGACGAGAUGCUGCAGAUGGCACUGCAGCCGAAUCCUGAGCCGCUGCGUGCAUUGUACAUCUAUGAAUCCAAGAUGGCACUGCUCACGCGGCUUGCUCAGACCGCAAACGGUGCACAGGCUCUCCUGCAGCUUGGCCUGUUGGGUAAGCUGUCCGAGUGCCGCUACCUGCACACGCGGCCCGACCUCAGCGUUUCGUCUGGAUUCAACCACGCUGCAGCAGCAGCGGCAGGGGACAUGUCGGAAAUGGGCGCAGACGACUCCUACUUCAUGCCGUCGGUGCUGGAACGAUAUCGCCAGCUCAUACUGCCGACACUGAAGCUGGUCGUGAGCGUUCAGACGUCCGCUGGACGACAGAACCGUGAUGUGGCCGGACAAGUGAGUCACUUUGUGUUCAGCCACGUCAACGUGUUCACAGCAAUCCUGGAACAACAGGCGCACCCGCUAACACUGUCGGCACUGCACGAACUCAUGCUCACCACUGCCGUAGUGGGGCAGAUUGGCAGCGCUCCAGUUGCCAACACUGCCGGAGUUGGCACGCAGAUGGGUCAGCAGCAGCAAAUACUACUGCUGCAACAUGCUCAUCUCAAGCGACUGAUGCUUGGCUUAUUGCCUCGCUAUUGUCAGCCGCAAGCGUGGCCGGCCCUGGUCAAGCAGGUUGCCGAGUCUGACAUUGGUCUGGAGCAGGCGAACAGCACGGGGCUGGCUGAUCUUGUGGCUCAGAGCCGGGACGGAGCGUUGGGCAGCAAAUCCACAGCCCCCUCCGGCGCUGCACCUAGCACGGCAGGAUCUAGUUCUGCGCUCAGCUCGGUCAGCGAGCAGGCGACCAUCUGGCUGCAGCAGAUCUGUGCAAACACACUGACGUUCUGCCGUCACUACGUCUCCACUACGACCCCAAUGAAGCGAGCACCGCUGGAGACGACCAUCUUCCAUGCGGACAUCUCUGAUAGUUCGCUGCGUGAGGUUCGCCCUCAGUACAGUACAGACUCGCAUAACAUGACACCAUCUCCGCCACUCGCUGCACUAGUGCGCCAAGUACGACUGUCGGCCGACGCUGCCCAGCGCACAUCGGACGAGCAGAAGAACUACCAGCGACGCCUGAAAACCCUCAGCCAUCUAUCUGUCGAGGAUUGUCAGGAGCUUCUGCCGAAUGGUGUGGAUUGGGCCAAACUGUCCACUUUGCAACGUCAACAAACAAUCCGGCAGUACUUGUUGCGACUAGUCCAACACAAGACGCAACAAAUCGACCUACUUCUUUAUAUUAUCGAAACAUCACUGUUUAUCUUGUGGCGGCAUGUAGAAUUCUACUUUCUCCACGUGAAGGUGACGGACGAUGCGACGAACGUGUUACGGCUCAAUCAGCCAACACCGAAGAAAAUGCGUUCACUAGGAGAGCCCUUCAGAGAACAGAAUGUGCACGGCACGACAGAAUCUGACAGCGUUGCGCUGGAUUCUGGUGGCCUGAGUAUUUCUCGUCAGCAAUCCAAUCAGUUCAAGAUGGAUGCAGUUGUCGCGCUGUCCGAUGCUUUCCUGAAGAAGCUUGUAGAUCUAGAAGUGGGCUUGGCCAAGGGCAGCGGUGGAUCCAAGGAGUUCAUCCAGGUGUUUGUGAGGCGAAUGAAGCGCCUUCUCAAACUCCAGCAGGGACCUGUGGCGAGCAGCUAACCAGCCGUAGCUGUUACUGGCGUGCUGCUUUCAACAAGUCAGGUAACCGACCUCCGAUCCUUCCUCCUUCGCUCCUCUUACCCGCCUCUUUCUUGCUUGAGACAUUGUAUCCAAUCUGUCGUCUAUGCUACCCUGUUGCUGUCGUGUAUGCCGUCCAGUGUGUUCCAUACCCUUUAAAUACCGCUUAGGCACGACAUCAUCAUCAUCAUCAUCAUCAUCACCAUCAUUUCCGCCACUAUCAGCAUUUCCGUCAAAAUUCUUAGAACAUAUAUUUGCGUACAUUUUUUUUCUAUCUUUCAUACUUUGCUCCGGUCCUCCUGAUGAGACCACUCCUCUCACUGUCUACCCAUAGUAUUUCUCAUGGUUCCCUUCGUGUUCUUCUCUUCUUCUUUUUUUAACCUUUCUGUUGUCUUUGAGAUUCGCCGUACGUGCGUGCGUGUUAGCAUGUUGUACUUAGCGCCAUGUCCUAUAUUUAAAACCUGCGUGUUUCAAUUCCGUUGGUCUGUCCUCAAGACUACGUGUUAAAAGUAUGUUUUUUGUUUUGUUAAGACGUGCGAUGGGGUGUCUGGUCUUACGCUCAUGCACAUUUAUUGUCCCUGGUGUGCUGUAGUGUAGUGUCCUGGUGUGCUGUAGUGUAGUGUCCUGGUGUGCUGUAGUGUAGACUAGUACCAAGAGUACAUAAAGGCUUAUGACUGUACUCUUGCUAGUACGUGAUUGUAGGAUUGUCUACUCUUUUUUUGGAGAUAAUUUGUGCAACUGCACCACCUAG